CUUUCAGAGUUCAAGGAAGCCUUCUCCCUCUUCGACAAAGACGGCGAUGGCACCAUCACCACCAAGGAACUGGGCACCGUGAUGCGCUCCCUGGGCCAGAACCCCACCGAGGCCGAGUUGCAAGACAUGAUCAACGAAGUGGAUGCGGAUGGCAACGGCACCAUCGACUUCCCAGAAUUCCUCACCAUGAUGGCCCGGAAAAUGAAAGACACAGACAGCGAAGAAGAGAUCCGCGAGGCCUUCCGAGUUUUCGACAAGGAUGGCAAUGGGUACAUCAGCGCCGCCGAGCUGCGCCACGUGAUGACCAACCUGGGCGAGAAGCUAACGGACGAGGAGGUGGAUGAAAUGAUCCGAGAAGCGGACAUCGAUGGGGACGGGCAAGUCAAUUACGAAGAGUUUGUACAGAUGAUGACCGCCAAAUAAGACAAGCCGUUGCCUCUCUUCCCCCUCCCCUUCGCUCGCCCGCCCGCCCCCCCACGCCCGUUCCCAGGAUGGAAGGAUGGCCUUUUUCCCGCCGGGAUCUUAUCCAGCCCCCACCUGUCUUUUGUCUGUGUACAACUUAUGCCCCAUUGACGCUUUUUAACAGUUUGUGGCUGUUCCCUGCUCUGCCUCCCUUUCCCCGCCCUCCUCGUGCCCCAAGUGGGGGGGGGGCGGGUAGUCGGCCGGACACAGUGCCCCGAAACCCAUGUGGAGAGCGAUGGGGCCGGACUAAAGCGCCGAGUCCAGGAUGCCUUUGGACAAGCGGUGGGUGGAAAGGUGAGGCUGCCCCCCCCCCCCCCCCCCCGUUCAACCCCUGCCUUGCAACCCAACGGCCUUUUCCCGCCUCCUGCGUUCAUGGGACGGUUUUUCCGUAUGCAGCCUUGUUGCGUACUUCCUCCAUCGGACCGUUGUCUUCCUAGGACUAUCUGCAUAUCUUGGAUAUAUUGUAAUUGUUAACCUAAUCGAUACCAUCCUCCCCACCCCGCCCGCUCCAGACCCCCUCCAUGGCUUCAGGGAAUGCUUCUGUUCCAUUCCAGUUGAUGUAAAGUUUUCUUUUUAUCAUUAUUUUUUUCCUUCUUUCUUUCUUCUUUUUCUUUCUUUUUGGUUCUUCUUUUAAAUAAACUUUGUGUUUCAAAUCU